GGCCGCGGCGUUGCCAUGGAGACGGCGGCUGGGCCGGUCGCUAUGGACACGGCGGCGCCGCCGGGCGGUCGGCGGCACGCGCUGCUCGCCGUGAUCGGGGAGAUCGGGACGGAGCCGGAGCGGGGCGCGCUGCGCGGCGCCCUGGAGCGCGGAAUUCGUUCCUGGAACAUCGAUACUCUGUACUGUGAUCUGAAUCAUCAACUGCGGCUCUUUGUAACCCGACAUCUGGCUCAGUUUUCUUCUGAAGUUAAAGGCCAAAGAACUCUCCAUCACCAGAGUGACACCUUGGAUACGGUGAUCCUGGUGAAUCCUAAUGUGGACAGCAUUGUGUCUGAGGUCCGCUCACUUGUGUGUGAUUCAUCAGCUCACAAACUACUGAUCCUCUGUGGUCAGAGCUCAGAUCAGGAGGGAGACUUGAUCCUGCAGACCGGGACCUUCACUUACCAGAAGUUUGCUGAGAUACUUUCAGACCCGGAGGUCACCCAGAUUCUCAGCAACACUGAUUCAGAUACCAAGGCCUCUCUUACCGUGUCGUGCCUGGGAGAAGGAGCCUGGAGCAACCUUGGGCAUCCGAGAUUUCAGGACAUUAUUAAUCUGAAACUGAAUCCUGAUCCAGUUCUGCCAGAAAUGGAUGGGGUGUCUGAAUUUGCAGAAUAUGUCUCUGAGACAGUUGACGUGCCGUCUCCAUUUGAUCUCCUUGAGCCACCCACCUCAGGGGGUUUUCUGAAGCUUUCUAAGCCCUGCUGCUACAUAUUCCCUGGGGGACGAGGUGAUUCUGCUCUCUUUGCUGUCAAUGGGUUUAACAUCCUUGUGGAUGGUGGCUCUGAGAGGAAAUCCUGCUUCUGGAAGCUGGUCAGGCACCUGGAUAGGAUUGACUCAAUCCUGCUCACCCACAUUGGUGCAGACAACCUGCCCGGCAUCAAUGGGCUGCUGCAGAGGAAAGUUGCUGAGCAAGAGGAGGAACAAUCCCAGGGCUCUACCAACUACAGUGACUGGAUGAAGAACCUAAUUUCUCCUGAGCUAGGGGUGGUUUUUUUUAAUGUUCCUGAGAAGCUGAAGAUGCCUGAAGCCUCCAUGAAAGUAAAGAGGAGCAUUGAAGAAGCGUGUAUGACACUGCAGUAUCUCAACAGACUGGGCAUUAAAUCAGAGCCUCUCUACAGGGUGGUGAGCAGCACCAUCGAGCCCAUCACGCUCUUCCACAAAAUGGGAGUGGGUAAACUGGACAUGUAUAUACUAAACCCUGUCAAAGACAGUAAAGAAAUGCAGUUUCUAAUGCAGAAGUGGGCUGGUAAUAGUAAAGCAAAGACUGGCAUCAUUCUUGCAAGUGGGAAAGAAGGUGAAAUUUCUGUUCCCUAUCUCACAUCCAUCACAGCCCUAGUGGUAUGGCUUCCAGCCAGCCCAACAGAGAAAAUUGUAAGGGUUUUGUUUCCUGGAAAUGCUCCUCAAAAUAAGAUACUGGAAGGUCUUGAGAAGCUCAAGCACCUGGAUUUUCUGAGGUAUCCAGUGGCUACUCAGAAAGAUAUCACUUCUGGAAUACCUCCACCUGUGCUGAAGCAGACCAAAAUUAAACAAAGAACUGACAGUAAAGAGAGUCUUAAAUCUUCCCCCAAGCCAUCUGUGACAAAGCAAGUCAAGAAAGAAGAAGCAGUUGAGGAGGGGAUUAAAGAAGUAAAACCAGAAGUUGUAAAGGAUGCUAAAAUUGAGAAAAAGGUUAAAGAACACACAGAGAAAGUUCCUGAGAAACCUGUCAAACCUGAAAAGAUAAAGACAGAAACAAGUGAUGCUCUCAAAGCUGAGAAAAGAAAAUUGGCAAAAGACAAGGUUGGAAAAAAGCAUCUCAAAGAGAAAGUGUCCAAAUUAGAGGAGAAGAAAGACAAAGAAAAGAAAGAGAUUAAGAAGGAGAAAAAGGACUUAAAAAAAGAUGAUGGAAAGAAAGAAGAGAAAAAAGAUUCAAAGAAAGAUGAUAAAAAGAAAGAAAACAAACCAGAGCUCAAAAAAAUUUCUAAACCAGACUUGAAACCAUUUACCCCAGAAGUAAGAAAAACAUUGUACAAGGCAAAACUUCCAGGCAGACUCAAAACUGAGAAGAUCAAAUUAAAACCUGAAAAAGAACCUGAAAAGGUACCUGCUGACCUGAAGACAUUACCAAUGGAGAAGGCACCUGUAGAAGUGGAUCCAGGAGAGACAUCCAUAGUGGAACAGAGGUUAGUCCUGUCUUCACCAGAAGAUCUUACAAAGGACUUUGAGGAACUGAAGCAUGAGGAGAAAGGGGCCUUGCAGUUGACUCAAGAACUGUCUGAUAUGGAGGCUAGUGAUAAGGUUAUGAGAGCACCUGAAGCAGAGAUAAAAGACUCUAUUGAUAUGACUGGUCAGAGUUGCCUCGAAGUGGAUCUGAUUUUAAAAAGAAAGACUCCUGAGCAGAGAGUAACUACUACUGAUAUGGAAAAAGAACCAUCAGCAGAGGAAACGGCAGUCCCUCAGCUGGAGCUGAGGGAAGGUCAUGCUGAAAAAAUAGAGGAUGAAAGAAAAACAAUCGAUGAAAACCGUGACAUAAGAUACUGGGAGGGAGAAGCUGAGCAGGGCAAGGACAUUCAGCUAUUUCCUGACAAAGAACACCUGCCAUCACAUACAGACCUCUUGGCAAAGGGUGCUCAGCCACCAGCAUUCAGAGAGGAAGAAAAGGAGGAAGAGGAGAAAAUCUCUUUGGACAGAAAACAGAGAGAAGCAGAAACUUGUGGAAAGUAUAUUGAGGGGACUGAGGCACAGGAAGAGGAUGAGAAGGAAAAGAGAGAAGAUGUGAUAGAAAAGGCAGAACUGGAAGAAAAGGAAGAACAGCAAAUGAAAGCAGAGGAGAAAGUGGAGAAGAGUAGAGACUUCUAUGGGCUGAAUCAGGAUGAUAGGGAGGACAAACUGUUUACCAUUACAGAGAAGGAAAGAGAAUUUAGUUUCAUGGAUGAGAAAACCAAGUUACCUGGAAAGGACAUAACAAAGGAAGAGUCAUAUCUGAGCAGCCUGCCAGUCCCACCAGGAGCAACAGCAGAACAUGUUUCCUAUAUCCAAGAUGAAACUAUCCCUGGCUAUUCAGAAACGGAGCAGACCAUUUCUGAUGAAGAAAUACAUGAUGAACAGGAAGAAAGGAUCCCACAUUUGAAGUAUGAUGUCAGUGCCUAUAACAUUUCUGUUCCUGACCAUCCUGGCUCUUUUGAAGCAGUACAUGGAAUACAGGCCGUGCCUCCUGCUGACCUUUCAGCCAAGGGCUAUGCUGGCCAGGAGUCUGAAAUCCUGGCGUAUCCUACAAACAUUGUGGCAGCACCUCUAGCUGAGGAGGAACACAUAUCUUCUGCUACCUCCAUUACUGAAUGUGACAAGCUUUCAUCUUUUGCAACAUCAGUAGCAGAGGAUCAAUCUGUUGCAUCCAUAACAGCACCACAAACAGAAGAGACUGGGAAAAGCUCUUUACUUCUGGACACAGGAAACAGUAUGCCCUCCUCUCGGACUGAAGCGACCCAAGGUCUUGACUACGUUCCCUCUGCUGGCACAAUUUCUCCCACGUCAUCCUUGGAGGAAGACAAAUGCUUUAAAUCUCCACCCCCUGAAGAUUUCCAUGCAUUAACAGAAGGAGAGAGGAAACUGGAAACUCAAAAAAAGGAUCCUCAUGAGGAGGCUGAAGAUGAAGAAGAUGAAGAAGAUGGGACUCCAAAUAUUGAGAUGCCUGAGAAACUCAGAGGGCAUUACCCCCAUGCCCCCAUGUUUGCUCCUCAAGGAUGCCCUGAUAAUGUGAUAAUCAGUGUUCCCACACAAGUGGUGCCUUUAUCUACUGAAGAAGCACCAUUUUCCCAGGCUGACUCUGCAGAGGCUGAAGAACGAUGCAUGAGUCCUGAUGACAGCACAGUCAAAAUGGCCUCUCCCACUCCAUCUGGCCCCACCAGUGCAGGGCACACACCCUUCCACCAGUCUCCAGUGGAGGAAAAGCUGGAAACGGUAGAUUCAGAUCUGUUUGAAAAACAAACAGAUGCUGCUGCCAAGAAACUGGAAGGCCAAACUUCUGUUGUGGUGAAGGGAGCCAAGGGUGAACCUCUCAGAGAAGACGAGGCAUCUGUGGCUAAAUCCAGACACAAAGGAGAAGUGCCUGGACCUGUGCAGCACGAACUGGUUUUGAGCAGUGAUGUUCCAGUGUCUCCUGAGGAGGAGGUACAGGAAGAACCAGUGAGGAGGGAGGAGCUGCCCUGGCUUUCUUACCACAAGCAAGACACGGUCGUGAUUGGGGAGGACGAGGAGCAUCCCGAGAUGCCCCGUGCCAGCACAAAACCAGAAAAAGAGCCAGGAACUAAAACCAUGGCAGAAAGCUUAACAGGAUUUUCAAAACACUUGUCCUUUGAGCCAUUUGCAACCACAGGAACUUCUCUAGGAAAUGUGGAUGUUCCACAGUUCACAAGCCAAAGCGAAUCUAAAAAUGACAGAUCUUGGCAAUUUUCACCAGAUGGCAUCAAAUCACCUUCUUUUACAGAAGAAAGUAUUGGUAAAGAAAAAUCCUCAGAUAUUUCUAAAGGAGUUACUGCUGAAGAAGGGAAACUGCUGUAUUUCACAGGAGACACCUCAGAAGAAGAGAAAUCUUCUCAUGUUUCAGUUGAAGACAUUUCCCCAGAAGAGAUCAAAUCCAUUUCUCUCACUGAGAGUUCCAGCAGGAAAAUCUCUUCAGAUGUUUUUAUUAAAGGAAUUUCCCCAGAAGACAUCAAAGCUCUUAGUUUCACAGAAGAGAUAUCUGCAAAAGAAAAAACUAUGUCCAAAUGCACUGACAAAUUCCCUUCAGAAGCUGUGAAAUCCAUAGGUUUCACAGACCAGAGCCCAGCUACAUAUGAAAAAUCACUGGAAAUUUCUGCCAAAGAACUGAAAGAAGCAUCAAAAUCUUUUCCUUGCCCAGAAAGUAGUUCAGUUAAAGACAUGUCACCCAGAGAUUCUUCAACUGAAGAAAUGUCUCCAGAUGACAGCAGUUUAUUUUCUGCAUCAGAAAAGGGCCUGUUGAGGGGAAGAACUGUAGGCUUGGACUCUCAAGAAGCAUCCCCAGAUGCAAAGGGCUUCCAUUUUACAGAGUCUAGCCGAAGUGAAGAUAAAAUAUCUUUACACAUUUCUACUGAAGAUAUAAAAUCUUGCGGGUUCAAGGAAACUCAAGAAAAAAAAUCUCCGGAAAUGGAUAAGUUUUGCCUGAAAGAUUUAAGUUCUGAGAAGAAAGUGUGGUUUCCAGAAGAGGUAGAAGAGGUCCCUGUUCAGGGAAGGAGGCAGAUAUAUGACAAAGAGAGGGAGAGUACAUUCUUGGAUGAGGUACCAGAAUUUGAAACAAAAUCCCUUCCUAAAAUGGGAAAGGAGGAGAACCUGUCUCCUGCAGUGCCUGGAAGCCACACCUGGAGAGGAGCAGAAAAGGAAGCAUGGGGUUCUGCAUUUGGGUAUCUUCAGGAAGGGAGAGACAGUGGGAGAGGAGGGCAAUUACCCAAUGAGGAAGAAGAGGAGCUUCACCAUGCUGAAGACAAACCCAUGCUACUGCAAGCAGAAACUGAAUGUUUAAAGAUGGAGUCAUUUGAUUACAAAGAAGACACACAGAAGAGUGCCAAACCUACGUCAGAAACAAAGAAAGUGGAUGUGGUUCCUGCUGACAUCACUGUCCCAGAAAGAACACAAAGGGAAGAUUCUCCUCUAUCUCCUCAGUAUGUCUCUGGUGAGGAAAAUCAGGACAAAGCUUUAACUGGAAACAAAAAAGGGCAAGAAUUGUUGUUGACCUCUAAACAAGAUUUCUCCUGCUUAGAUGAUGAGAAAGCUGUCCUAGAUAGCUAUGCAAAGUCACUAGACCAAGUUCUGACGACAUCUCCCCUGCCUGCAGCAGGAAAGGAGAUUGAGGCACCACCAGGAGCAGAGAGACCUUGCAAGUUAGAUCAGUGCAAGCCACCUUUGUGGGAGGAUGUCCCAUCAAAGACAGCUGAGAAGAAAUUGGACAUCAGUGAUUUGUAUCAGGAGAUAGAUUACAAAUACAAGUCAGAUAGCAGGCAAGAGGAUGACUGCAAAUCCACUGAGGGUCUGUAUGACUCAAUGGGAAUAAAUGAGCAGACAGCAGCAGCAUCUACUCUGUUGCAAUCUACAAGACCAGCAGAAUAUAUUGCAGAGUCCACAGAAGAGAGUGCUGAGGUGUCAGGUGCACACUCCCCUUCAGGACAAGGCCCAUGUCAAAAAAGCAGUGAUGCUGUGGACUGUGCUGGAGCUGUGGGUGCUACCAUCCAAGAGGUGUAUCCUCCAGAGACCUAUUCCAGGAGCUCCCCUAAGCCUUAUUCCUAUGAGGAAGGGAUCUGCACACAGAGAGAUGAUGACAGUUCCACAAGACAAGAGCCAGAAGAAAGAGAACCAACUCCGUACCCUGAUGAAAGAAGUUUCAAGUAUGCUGACAUCUAUGAGAAGAUAAUUGUGUCUGGAGUGGGACCCUCCCCCUUCACAGCCAUGAGUGCACACAGCCCAGGUCACACUGACAAGGUGCCAGUGACAGCACUGAACUCUCAAAAAGGUCAAAAUUUUCAUGUGUCUGCAAAGGAAGAAGAGUCCUGCCUUUAUACCUCUGCUGAGAAGGAGUUGUCAUCUCCAGCAUCCCCUAAAGAUAAAGCAGAUUCAGUCUUUGACUACAGAGACAUCCAUGAAAGAUAUUUGCCCUUGUCUGAAACAGGGAAGCCUAAGACAUCAGAAGGACAGGAAAAACUGAAUGUGUCUUCUGCUUUGCCAGGAGAACUGGACUCUGCACUGCACCCGUCAUCUGCAAGUGCAGCAUUUGCCUCUCCCACAGUCACAACUGACACCUUUUAUCAAGGGAAAUCAUCCACCUAUAUGGAUGCUGGUUGUCCAGAUGAGAACAUAAUUUUGUCUAGCCAGGAGCAGGUAUCUUUGUCCCUGAAAUCUGAAAUCCCAAAUCCCAAAGAUACAUACUAUGAGAAAGCAGGUCGAGGGGAAGAAAGUGCAAGUGACUCAGAGCUAGAAAAAGGUGCUAAGGAGAAGUCUGAAAAGGAGUCUAAACUGCACAGCCCUGCUGAAGCUGCAGGCACCAUCUAUGCACACAUCUCAGCCAUCAGCAAGUUCCCUGUCUCAGACCCCUUCCUGCAGAGCAAGUGUCAGGAGUCCCUUUCACCCAGCUCUACUGCUUCUUCUCCCUCUGGUCCAGGCUGGCAAGAGGAAUAUGGAAGUAGGACAACUGCAUCAGCUGCUGUUGUGGAGACAUAUGUUGCUGGUUACAGUGACGUGCCAGACAUGGACAGAGAUGAGCAAGCUUCAAGAAUGUGCCAUGUAAGACAAGAUUCUUCACAAAAGAGAGAGGUUGAUGAAAAAUCCACAAAGGAAUCCCAUUUCUGGGUAGCAGAUUAUCCAAGUGCAGCAGUGUCCUCUGAGUGCCAAGAGCAAGCCCUAUACCUGAAAUCUGCUUCCAGCAAACAAACAGAGGAAUAUGAACAGGGCCCAAGGGUAGAGAGCAGAGGGAUGGAUAGCUCUUCUGAAUUUGAAAGCCCUCUGCUAGGAAAGAGUGAAACAGCCAGCAUAUUCAGACAUAAGCAAACCUCAGCAAGCCAUUUAGGGGAUAUUUCUCUUUCUUUAGAGUCUCCUUGUGCUUUGCUCUCAGACCAGGGAAACAAAGAUGAGUACUUGGAGGUUUCUGAGAAAAUCAGCAGCCUUGAGUCAUCUUUUCCUAAAUUCUCACCGCUGAGUCCAUAUGAAGAAGACAAGGUGUUCUCCAAAGGUGUGGAGAAAGAGUCUGUGCCCCAGCAACAGCUGAAAGAUGACUCUUCCAGCCUGUCAGAGGAACCUUCCUCUGAAGCCACCACUCCUGUGAUACUGACUACAGCAGAAAGUUUCUAUUCCCAUAUGCUUUCCACACACACAGGUGCAGGAGUGGAAGCAGGUACCAGGAGUGCUUGGGAUGUGUCUCCACAGGUUCCAGAUAACGCUGUGAAAAUACAUACAGCUGAAACCAAAGACUUCAUCUUUGCUGAAGAACGUGGUUCUCCAUUUCCCUGUGGCACGGGUGACCACACCUUGCCACGCAGAAAAGAGUGCCAGGGCUCAGAGCCCACACCAUUCUCUGCAGAGCAAGAGCAGCAGCCCUAUGGUAGCAGCCCAGAGCAGAAGGCACCAUUUGCAGAACAGCUGUUGCCACUGACAUCUCUCCCUGAUGUGUUGACAUCAUUUUCUCAUCGUCAGCAUGAAGAUGAAACCACAGCCAAUGGUCCAACAGAGGUGAGCACCAGUCUGCAAGCUUUCCAAAGCACAUACCAUGCAGCAGAGGCAAAAGAUGAAAAAACAUGUCCUGAUUCUGACAGCAGUUUUUCUCCAUGCGCAGGCAAAGAGGAAACAGAGAGGCAAAGCCGCCCUUCCUCUCUGAUGUCCCCUGAAAACAGUUUCCAGCCCUUUUUCCCAGAUGUGCAAAGGGGUGAAAAAACAGAGGACUGUGGAGAUGCUUCCCAUGACAUGGAGACCCAUUUAGGAGGCAGUUCUGAUUGUGGACAGAAAUUUUCCUCAUGUGAAUACAAGCAGAGAAAGGGAGAACUCUCUCCCUCAUUCAUCAACCCGAGCCCCCAUGAGCUCUCUGAAGACAGUGACCUGUCACAGGAGGAGGGUCACCCUUCAGUGCAGGGGAGACCACCCCACACUGGGAGCAGUCCCAUGCAAAGUGCCACACUGGACGAAACCCCUCCAACAUCAGUGAGUGAUUCUGGAACCUCCCAGUCAGACUCAGAUGUCCCACCUGAGACUGAAGAAUGUCCAUCCAUCACAGCAGAUGCCAACAUGGACUCGGAUGAAGAUGCUGAUUUCCUCCCAGUGGACAAAGCUGUGGGGAAUGCUCAUCAUACCAGUUCUAGGUCCAGCCAUGAUCCUCAGCCUGUUCCAAUGGUAGAUCCCCAUCCCCACCCUCCUCACCCUGAUGUCUGCAUGGUAGACCCUGAUAUGUUGGUAAAUGAGCAAAGCAUGAACAGAACUGAUAAAAUUUCCAAGAAAGACAUAAAAGAAAAGAACAAAGGUGUGAGGAAGCCUUUGAGCAAACCCAAAUCUUCCUCACCUGCCCGGAAAUUAGAUGCAAAAGGGAAACGAUCACCCACUCCUGUGAAACAGUCAUCAGACAAAUCUCCAAAAUCUGUCACUGCCAAAAAAGAAAGAGAUGGAGGAGAAAAGCCCAAGCCACGCAGUGUGCUGAUGCCAGAGGAUGAGUUAUCCCGGAGUAGUCACAGCAACCCUGGCAAGAGCCUUGUUAAUGGCAUCAAAACAAAUCCCGCUUCCAAUAGUCCUAAGAGCAGUUUGUCUGUGCCUUUGGGUCCACCCGUCUACGUGGACUUGGCCUACAUCCCCAACCACUGCAGUGGGAAGAACACAGAUCCAGAGUUCUUCAAGCGGGUUCGAGCAUCUUAUUAUGUUGUGAGUGGGAAUGAUGCAGCCAACGGAGAGCCAAGCCGUGCAGUGCUGGAUGCACUUCUGGAAGGGAAGUCUCAGUGGGGAGAGAACCUGCAGGUGACAUUGAUCCCAACACACGAUACUGAGGUAACACGAGAAUGGUAUCAACAGACCCAUGAGAAACAGCAGGAGCUAAACAUCAUGGUACUGGCAAGCAGCAGCACUGUUGUGAUGCAGGACGAAUCUUUUCCAGCCUGUAAGAUUGAAUUCUAAAUCUCCCACACUUUGUGUUCAUCCAUUGACUCUUCAAUCACCGAUGCAACAUGAGAGACACCAUCUAAUCACAGUCCAGUUCUUCUCUGGUUUAGUCCUCUACAUGGUUCCCAUUUGUCAGGCAAUCGGGUAUCCAUCUUGCUCAGCACUGGAUGCCAUGAGGAAGAAGUGCAGGGCUCUGUAAUUUUCUGGACUGAGCUAAGAGUUUGUGCAAGAGCAGUUGCAGGCCAGGGGCACUUUCACCUUCCCUGCUUUAUUCUGCUGCCUGUACAGUUUCUGUAGACUAUCUUGGCUGCCUUGCUGCUGUGAGAGCUUGUUCUACUCUCUUCCUGGCUGCCUUGCCAUUUAACCUGUAGCACCAUGAACCUCACCUUUCUGGUGAGGGCUGAAGUGCUGCUGCUGCAUGCAGAGAGUGCAUGGGAGGCAGGGGGCAGAGGCGAAAUCUAACUUGCAAAGAAGUUGCACCAGGGAGAUGAGGGAAGACAAAACCCUCUGUAAUGUGACAGUGAAGGUCAUUCUUCCAUCUCCCCUCCUGAGCAUACAGGAGAUGUUCUGAGCAAGGGGACCUGUGCUCCAACUAGGCACGACCACCACAUGCCAGCUUGGCAGAUUUCUGUCCCAAGUGGUUUGCCUGUGGCAUCCUGCAGCACCUGUUUGUUGUGCUCAGGGAGCUGGGAUGAAGGACAUGGCAGUGGGAGGGGAGGGUUCAGCACAUUCCUAACCUGCUAACUUGAGCUUCGCACACACAGCAGCCAAGUGACUCCUGCACACCAACUGUGUGGCAGGAGGAAGCACAGAGAGGCUGUGGCCUGAACAGUUACACAAAAAGAGCAUCCAAACGCACAACUACAGCCCCCUCAACAGCAGAAGGGCUGAACAAACCUUGGCCACUGUUGGCCCAAAAUGUACAAGAAACCUCCCUGUCCCUAAACCAAAGGCUCUGGAGGACUGUGGUGAGGCAGCUGAGGAGCACACAGGCCAUGCUGGGGGAGGCUGGUGCCCGGCUAGUGUCGCUGCGGUGUGCCAGGUCUGCACGCAGCAGCCAUCUCCUUGCUGCCUGUGUGCCGAGGUCCAAGCCUUACAGUUGUGUUCAAGCUUUCUGUUGUCGCCCCAAGUGUCCAGGAUGUGGGGAAUAGAGCUUGUGGUGUGAGGAAAGAGAAAGCCCUUCCCAAAAUACUCGGGAAAAAGUAGUCUAGCAAGUGUAGUCAUUCUCAGUUCCUCCACACUGUGGCAGGGGUGUGGUGACAGUGCAGGUGAGGUGCUGCUCAUCCACGUGGUGCCACCUUGCAGCUUGUUCCCUGGCCUACGCAUCGCUGUGGGCAUCUGUCCUUGCUCUCUGGAUGUCCUGGCAGAAACACAGUUGUGUGCCAUGAGUGCAUUGUGGCUACUGAACAGCCACCCAGAACCUCCUUGGCACACAGAUCUGUUUCAGCGUGGGAGACCCAUUCUCCCAGCAUGAGUGUGGGUGUUCAGGUGCACUAAGCCUGCAGCAUCCAUGAGCCUUUGCCACGUCCAAGAGAACUGGCAGAGGGUCUUACCACAAAGACAGAUUUUUGUAAGACAAAGAGAGGCAGCAGGCUGUGCUCUGGGGAAGAAGGAAUGGGAUGGAAAGCUGUGCUGCAAUGGUUGACAGCACAAAGUAUUUCCAUCUGCUGUGACACCCACUGUGCUUGGCCAUGAGCGGAGGGCUGACUCCACCAUGAGCAUCCUCGGACCCUGUGUUGCACUUGCCUGGGACACUUCAGUCUCAGUGCUGGUUUUCUGGCAGGUGACAUGAAGAAAAUGCUGCUUAGAAACCUGCUCCUAGCACUAAAAUGGAGUUUCUAGGGAAAUGGUUUAUUUUGCAUUUUAAUUUAUAUAUUUAUUUUUUUUAAUGUUAAGCUGCUUUUUGUGUUAAUACUUUAAUUUAUACAUGUAACAUGAUACCAUGUGCUUUUAGUGUCAGUUCAGAGGUUUCUCAGUAAAAAUAUUAACAUGCUGCAAUUUAAACAAUAUGAAAAGACCACAGAGAACUUGCGGGCAGCAAAAACGUCUCUGAAGGCUGAGUCUAAAACCCAGCAGCUGUAGGACAAGGCCUGAGGCCAGCAGCCUCCCCAAGGCACAGCCAGCCCUUUAGAUAUGGCCCUUGUUAGGAGCAUGUGAGCUUACUCAGGGCUUUAGCAAAUCCCUGCCCUGUGCUGUGUUCAUUUUAACCAUGGAAUCACACUGUGUCUGCCAGCAUAAAAAAUGUCAUUCUCUGUACCCCGAUGGGGUCAGCAUUCAUGAAUGUUGGUUCUGGCAAUUGCAGGCACUAAAACAGCUGCCCCUACCCCUCCCCGGAAUGCGGGGGGGCUUUGCCUCCAGUGCUUUUGGGAGACCCUGGCUCACCCACCAUGGUGGCAGCUGCAGGAUGCCAGACACCAGAGGCACAAGCGUGGCCCUCUCUGGUUCCCGGGAUCCCUCUGCGUAGCUAGAUGUAAAAGCUAAUGCACUAACUUUAGAUAGACCCACACAUGAAUGUUUUCUCAAUUUUAAACUUGAAGCAAUUCUGACUAAGCAGCAGUAAUAGUGAGGCUUUGUGAGGUGCCUGCAUCCUCCAGGCAGGAGUGUGGCCACUGGCGGAUUCCAGGAGGAACGCUGCCCUCUGCGCUCUGCUCCUGCCCUCUGCAGCUCUGCUGCUUGGCUACCUUUAUCCUACACCAAUUUGCUUCCCUGUCCUCAAGGCUCCACAUUUUUUUUUCAGUCUUUUGUCACAGUCUGUUCUGCCUUGAGCUUCUCUCACUCCCUAUCUCCCUCUCUCCUCCACUCCCUUCCAUCUUAAAAAAACUACGGGGAAAAAGACUUAUGAAAAAGCUGAUUAUUGUAGAGUCUGACCCUGCUCAGGCCACAGGAGCCAGCAGGACCCACCCAGAGCCAGAGGUAAUACAACACUAUAGAGAGAAACAGUUAAACUCUGCUUUUGCUUGUUUCUGCAUGUGGGCAACAACGCGUAAUCUUCCUGUAUGUAAUAGGUAAAAAAUACUAUUUUAAACCUAUAAUUAAAAAAGUGAACGUCUUAACUGUAUUGAAAUGGCAUCUUGUGCUCCUAGCUUCUUCUAUGCUAAAUGUUUUAAGAACAGAGCCCUUAUUCUUUUCUUCAGCAUCACAUUUCUAUUUGAAUUUAGUUCCUUGAGUUCUGUCCUUUUGCCCAUUUCCACGUGAAACACUCUGUAACUAACUGCUGUCAAGAGAGGAGCCCAACACAUUAAUAAUAAAGCCACAUUAACUGCGAA